AUGGCAGAUGCAGUUACGAAACUAAAGCCCACUGCUUUUCUAUCGAGUUUCUUUCCUUUUCAGUUUAUCAUCUUUGUAUUUCACACUGCCUCCUUGCUGCAUUAUGCAGCUAAUCCACUGCUAGAGGCCUUUGGUAAUGCUAAAACAGUUCGAAACAACAACAGCAGUCGCUUUGGAAAAUUUGUUGAAAUACAUUUCAAUGAAAAGAAUUCAGUUGUUGGUGGAUUUGUGUCCCACUACUUGUUGGAAAAAUCUCGGAUAUGCGUGCAAGGCAAAGAUGAGAGGAACUACCACAUCUUUUACAGGCUUUGUGCAGGUGCUUCUGAAGAUAUUAGGCAAAAGUUUCACUUGAACUCCCCAGACAGCUUUAGGUAUUUAAACAGAGGCUGUACCAGGUUCUUCUCAAACAAGGAGACAGACAAGCAGAUUCUACAGAACCGGAAAAGCCCUGAGGAUAAAGAGCAUCUCAAGACUGGUGCUCUGAAAGACCCCCUGCUGGAUGAUCAUGGCGAUUUUAACAGGAUGUGCGCAGCUAUGAAGAAAAUUGGUCUGAAUGAUACAGAGAAGCUAGAUCUCUUCAGAGUGGUAGCUGGUGUUCUGCAUUUGGGCAACAUUGAUUUUGAGGAAUCAGGAAACACAUCUGGUGGCUGCAUCUUGAAAAAUAAAUCGAGUGAAGCGCUGCGUAACUGUGCUGAGCUACUCGGCCUCGAUGAAGAGGACCUGCGAGUCAGUCUAACCACAAGAGUCAUGCUGACAACAGCAGGGGGCGCUAAAGGAACAGUAAUCAAGGUGCCUUUGAAGGUGGAGCAAGCAAACAAUGCUCGUGAUGCUCUGGCAAAAGCUGUCUACAGUCGUCUCUUUGAUCAUGUGGUGAAUAGAGUAAACCAGUGCUUUCCCUUUGAAAGCUCCAGCUUUUUCAUUGGGGUGCUAGACAUUGCUGGCUUUGAAUACUUUGAGCACAACAGUUUUGAACAGUUUUGCAUUAACUACUGUAAUGAAAAGUUGCAGCAGUUUUUUAAUGAAAGAAUCCUCAAAGAGGAACAAGAGCUGUACCAGAAGGAAGGGCUGGGAGUAAAUGAAGUACACUACGUGGACAAUCAGGACUGUAUAGAUUUAAUUGAAUCAAAACUGGUGGGUAUCUUGGAUAUACUGGAUGAAGAAAACCGUCUGCCUCAGCCAAGUGAUCAGCAUUUCGCAUCUGCUGUACAUCAAAAACAUAAAGACCAUUUCCGGCUUACGAUACCCAGGAAGUCCAAACUGACUGUUCACAGAAAUUUGAGGGAUGAUGAAGGUUUUAUCAUCAGGCAUUUUGCAGGAGCUGUUUGCUAUGAGACUACCAAGUUUGUUGAGAAGAAUAACGACGCCUUACACAUGUCCCUUGAGUCGCUUGUUUCUGAAUCAAAGGACAGAUUUGUCAGCCAGCUGUUUGAGACGACCAACAACAACAGGGAUCAUAAACAAAAAACAGGAAAGCUUAGUUUCAUUAGUGUGGGUAACAAAUUCAAGACUCAGCUAAAUUUGCUUCUUGAAAAACUUCGCAGCACUGGCUCAAGCUUUAUUCGCUGUGUCAAACCCAACUUGAAGAUGACAAGUCACCAGUUUGAAGGAGCACAGAUUCUAUCUCAGCUUCAGUGCUCAGGUAUGGUGUCUGUGCUGGAUCUGAUGCAAGGUGGCUUCCCUUCCCGAGCACCAUUCCAUGAACUAUAUAACAUGUAUAAGAAGUACAUGCCUUCUAAAUUAACUCGCCUAGACCCGCGGCUGUUUUGCAAGGCACUGUUCAAAGCCUUGGGCUUGGAUGAAAAUGAUUUCAAGUUUGGCUUAACUAAAGUCUUCUUCAGACCUGGAAAAUUUGCAGAAUUUGAUCAGAUUAUGAAGUCAGAUCCGGAACAUUUGGCGGAACUCAUUAAGAAGGUCAAUCACUGGCUCAUCUGUAGUCGCUGGAAGAAGGUUCAGUGGUGCGCACUCUCCGUUAUCAAAUUGAAAAACAAAAUCAAGUACCGUGCUGGCGCCUGUAUUAAGAUGCAGAAGACUGUGCGAAUGUGGCUGUGCAAGAAGAAACAUAAACCACGCAUUGAUGGUCUUGUGAAGGUAGCAACACUGAAGAAACGACUGGUUAAAUUCAAUGAGGUAGUAAACGCUCUGAAGGAAGGAAAGCCAGAGAUGAGUAAACAGGUCAAGGAACUGGAAACAUCCAUUGAUGCCCUUAUGUCAAAAAUUAAGAACACUAUAAUGACGAGGCAGCAGAUAGACAGGGAAUAUGAUCAGCUAGUGAAAUCCUCUGAAGCACUUCUCACAGCUCUUCAGAAGAGGAAGAAACAGGAAGAGGAAGCUGAAAGGUUACGUCGUAUUCAGGAAGAAAUGGAUCGUGAAAGAAAAAGGCUUGAAGAAGAAGAGCGACGCCGCAAGCAGGAAGAGGAGGAGAGGCGGCUGAAAGCGGAAAUGGAACUGAAGAGAAAACAAGAGGAGGAGGAGAGAAAGAGACGGGAAGAAGAAGAACGCCGACUUCAGCUUGAGAUGGAGGCUCAGUUACUACAGGAGCGUGAGGAAGAGGUGCAGAGACAAGCAGUAUUUGAACAGGAACGCCGAGACAGAGAGCUUGCCAUGAGAAUCGCACAGAGCGAGGCAGAGCUGAUCAACGAGGAACAGCCCGAUGCUACGCUACGCAGCGUCGAGAGUCCAGCAUUUAUCCCUGCCGUAAUGACUGCUAAAGCUGGAGGACCGGGGCCCAAAAUGACAAUGGAACAAAUGGCAAAAGAAAUGACAGACCUGCUGGCUAGGGGUCCUCAGGUUCAAGCUACCAAGGCUGUUGCUGGUACUAAGAAAUACGAUCUCAGCAAGUGGAAGUAUGCAGAAUUGCGGGAUGCAAUCAAUACUUCCUGUGAUAUUGAGCUGUUAGCGGCAUGCAGAGAAGAGUUUCACAGGAGGCUAAAAGUCUAUCAUGCUUGGAAAUCCAAGAACAAGAAGCGGAAUGCAGAAACCGAGCAGCGUGCCCCCAAAUCCGUUACAGACUAUGCGGAGCAAAACCCUGUAUCACAAUUACCUGUCAGCCAUCAUGAGAUUGAAGCCAACAGGCAGCAACGGUACUUCCGCAUUCCUUUCAUUCGCCCUGUCGAUCAGUACAAAGACCCUCAGAACAAAAAGAAAGGCUGGUGGUAUGCUCAUUUUGAUGGCCCAUGGAUUGCUCGCCAGAUGGAGCUUCAUCCAGAUAAGCCUCCUAUAUUGCUGGUGGCAGGUAAGGAUGACAUGGAGAUGUGUGAGCUGAGUUUAGAAGAGACUGGAUUAACCCGGAAACGUGGAGCAGAGAUUCUACCUCGUCAGUAUGAAGAAGUGUGGGAGCGCUGCGGGGGAAUCCAGUACCUUCGGAGUGCAAUUGAGAACAAGCAGGCCAGGCCUACAUAUGCUACAGCCAUGCUGCAAAGCCUAUUGAAAUGAAAUCUGGUUUGCACACUGAUGUAUGUUUUAAAGGGAAGAGUGCACAGAUGGCAUACAAUGGGGGGCAGGAGUCUAGGAUAAGUAGGGCAGUAGAAUAUUCAUAAAGAUGAUGCGGAAAUGUUGACAAUGAGAACAGAUUUUGUUAAUUUUAAAAGGUUUGUUAAUUUGUAAUUUUUUGUUUAAUUUGUGUAGUGAGCUCAUUUGUUUUUGCACUCCUGCAGUAACCUGCUGUAUGGAAGAACCAUAUAUUUAAUUUGGUCAGCAUUGUCUUCUGUGUGUACAUGUAUAUAGAUAUUGUAAUAUUCUUAAAACUGGAACUGUGAGGCCUUAACUUUAAUGUCUUAUUCUUUUUUAAUAUACUUUUUGUAACAUCAGAAUGCAUUAGAACUAUCUCAGCAUAUGUUUCCUUCCCUAAAAGUAACCUCUGGGAGCCACUAUAUUUUAAUUUUACGGUGUCCAGAUCUGUGCUCUAUCUUUUAUCUCCAGAUUGUCUGGCAGAAGAGAGAUUAGUAACAUUAUAAAAAUAAACAUUUGGAAAUGCUCGUAACACUUCAGUUACUUUACAUGUAACUGUUGCAACCCAUUUGAAAAACACACAAGGCUAUUCGAGACAAGCGGAUCACUGUUAGAUAAUGCCUUCUUCCCAAAAGUUAAUGUAUUUUACUUCCCUUGAAUUCCGUGGAGGAAGAUAAUGACACAAUGUAUAUUGUGAGAUUCUGCUUGUUCUUCUGUGACUGCCAGUUUAAUGAAAGCACUCAUCCAAAAGCUAGUUGCCUGACAUUUUUUUGCCCUCUGUACUCUCUUAUUUAUGUAACUAACUUUAGUGUCAGACAUGGCUCUAUAUUAAAGAAGGAACUGAUUCACAAAAGACUGACAAGUUAUCUUCUGUCACUCACUGCUGUUUUUAAGUUACCGUAUUGUGAGUUGUAGUAAUAUCGAUGCUACUAUCAUCUUACGGAUUUUGCUGUAGUCUAUAGGCUUUCAUUUUACUUUGUUUUAAUUUAGGUACAGUAAAAAUCACCUAGCUGAGGUGGUGGCAUUUUAUUUAUAUUGACUCUGAAGCUUCUGCACAAGUUUCAAGUGGGAGGUUAAAUUACUCAAUGAGAAACUUAGCAGGGACGCAAUUCGAUUCUUACUCUUUAGGUACACAGGUCUGUGACCAGGUACUGGGCUUUAAUGCCUCCAUUUGUUUCCAUAUUAUGAAAUAAUGGAAGGUUUGACAACCAUUUUCAUAAAUUGUAAUGCCCUUUGUUUGGGAGCUUUCAUAUUUAAGAGUUGGAUUGUAAACACUCAAUAACAUGAAUAUCGUUCUUAUGUAAGGAUGUUAUCCAUGCAUCUCUUGAGUCUCAGCUUGAGAGUUUUUAAGUGCCUGUGAUACCAUGUAGAUGUAGAGAAUACUGCAGUUCCUUUUAUUUUAUUUUUUAAUUUUCUUUAUUAUGUUAGUAACGAAAUGUGAAAAGUGUAUCCUUUCUCCUAUAAACUGCUUCUGACUUUGUUUUCCUUCUACACAUAUACUUACCUCCUUUUCAGAUGUUCCAUAUUUAUAUUAAACUGUAGUUGAUAAAUAAAAAUGGCAUUGACCUGCAUAUUUGCAGUUGACCACGACAGUAAAGAAAUUAAAAUGAAGAUAGAUUUGAUGCCACUCAAUGUGGUAGCUUUUUAAAUGAUUUCACAAAACUGUUAAAAGCUUUGUAGUUGGAAUAAAACUCAUAAGGCGCUUCACUUCUCUGAAAAUAGUAACAGACCCAGGCAGACGUAGCACUACACUGAUGGCUGUGUUCAUUACUUCAUACAGACUGAAAAAAACCUGACUGGUAAUACAAGCGUGGAAAACUGUUUGUAUGUUACCAUGCUGUGCUCAUGCUAUGCACUAAAUAAAUGAUGUUUUAUAAAGAUGGCAUAUGAAGAAAUAAAGUAAACGAUUCAUUAUUGCUAAUGGUUCACAGUGGUAGAAAUAUACACUUUACUGUUAAAGAAUUACCUGAGAUGAUUUCCGUACACAAGGUGUUGGGACUUUGCUGAUAGCUUUCCAGUCUUGCAAAUGUUUGCACUUUAGUGCUGAAUCUGGAUACCUGUAGGUAAACCUGUACUGUACCUAGCAGAAUAUUUUGAAAAAAAAAAAAGCAAUGUAUAUGUUAGAAGACCUGUUUAAGAGAUUAUAGUGGAUUUUUUAUUGCAAUCUGUCUUUUAGUAUGAAAAGCUCCCCAUUCUCUUCUGUGUUGUAUGUGAAAAUGUUUGUAAGCAAAAACUAGUUAUUUAUUUAUAAUUUGAAUUAUAGGUGAUUAUGUCCUAAUCUAAGAAAUGAGCUUUUUCAAAGUUUUACUUUGGAAAAAGAUGGUCAUUUUCAACUUCAUUCCAUAAACAAGGAUUAUUUCUUUACAUGCAGGACAUGCACAGUCUUGUUUUGAUUUUUUUGUCUUGAAAUGUUCUGCCUGAAAUGCUGAUCUAAUACUGAUGUACUGAACAACUUUAAAAUAAAUGCACUCCAUGUAAAAGUAAA